CACUGAGGCGAAGGAGAUCAGACAUGGCGAGCAGAAAGACGAAGAAGAAGGAAGGAGGCGCCAAAAGAGCUCAGAGGGCCUCGUCCAAUGUCUUCUCCAUGUUUGAACAAACCCAGAUCCAAGAGUUCAAAGAGGCGUUCACACUGAUCGACCAGAACCGGGACGGAUUCAUUGACAAAGAGGAUCUGAAGGACACGUACGCCUCUCUGGGUAAACUCAACGUGAAGGACAAGGAACUGGAAGACAUGCUGAAAGAAGCCACUGGUCCCAUCAACUUCACCAUGUUCCUCAACCUGUUUGGAGAGAAGCUUCAUGGCACAGACCCUGAGGAUACCAUCUUAAACGCUUUCCGAAUGUUUGACCCCGACGCCAAAGGCUUCAUUCACAAAGACGAGUUACAGAAGUUACUGAUGACACAAGCGGACAAGUUCACAUCUGAGGAGGUGAAGCAGAUGUUUCAGUCGUCAAAUAUCGACGCUGCAGGAAACCUGGAUUACAAAUCUCUGUGUUACAUAAUCACACACGGCGAGGAGCAGGAAGAAUAA